AUGGCACAGCGGAUUUUCCAGUCAUUCCGGAGACUCCCCUCACAGCUUACAUCAGUGCGUAAAAAACAGGAUACUGUCGAAGUCGUAGGGAGUCACUACAAGAUUAAUGUGUGCUCAAACGUUGGUUUUCCAGCUAAACCCUCGUCUCUUGCCUACGAUCAGAGUCUUGAUAUUUUCGCAUUGGCUACGAGGGAUGGUAUUUUCUUUGGGAAACCUGGUGUCGUCUAUUAUGGAUCACAUAAGGGAGCUUUGGAAAUAAUAAAGGUCUUGUUUUUUACUGGGAUGGGUAAACUUUUGACACUCAGUGUCGAUGACAUCAUAUACGUUUGGGAAAUCGUAAGUCCAAAUGGCAAUCAACCAGGCUUACAAAAUAUUGGCCAGCUUUCUGGCGUGUCCGAUGCUCUUGAGUCAAAACAUCUGGAAGUCGACCCAAUUGGUGAUAUCACCAGUCACAUCACUGCUCUCAUUGUUAGUUCAUCAAACUCAUCAAUUUUGGUCGGUACGGAUCAAGGAAACGUUGCGCCUAUUCGUCGUAAUACUCAUGUUAAACAAGGUGUUGAUCAAGACGAGAAUACUAUGUGGAUUAUGCCCUCAAAGGAUAAGAUUAUAACGCCUCAUCGCGCAUUACAAAGUAUUUCUCCGGAAAAGCGCACUCGCUUGCGAUUGGACGCCGUAGUGGUCUUGUUAGAGCGACCCAGCUAUCCGAGUCAGUUGCUGAUUGGCUACAGCAGUGGCAUUUGUCUGCUCUACGACCUUCAGGGCGAACGGGUUCUGGCCCUCCUACCUUGCCAGUACGAACUUGAAGCAGCUACGUGGUGUGGGGGUAGUGGGUUGCCAGUUAGGGGGGCAGUAGCCAACCCAACAGCUACCCCGCCUCACUUGGGCACCCGGGUACUCACCGCUUACGGAAACGGUUCCCUGGGAGUGUGGCAAAUACCUCUAUUCGCUACUGGGCCCGGAUUGGCCACUGAAUUAGGCACUCAAACACUCCAGAUGAUGGAAUCACCGAGCAUGCCUUACGGUCCGUUUCCUUGCAAACUGAUCAGUAAGGUCUUUUGGCUACCAUCUCACGAGGGUGGAAUUACCAUUUUCACGGGUGGAAUGCCACGCUCUAUCUAUGGCGAUCGCAACACUGUUAGCAUUUUACGUGGCUCCAAUUUGGACCAGGCUGCUGCAGCAAAUCUAGCUGCUGCUCUGCGAGCCGACAGCGAAGGCGAUGCUGACUGUGAGCGCAGUACAGCGGGUCAGGAAUUCUAUGACGGUGGUGCGAAUGCCGACAUUCUCCUACCUAGCGGCCUUGUUCCCGGCGCUCCAGUGCAUGUCUUCGAUUCGGACGCACCGGAACAUGUCUGUCUAGACCUGCCCUCUCUCGUGGUUGAUGUCUGUCCACUGGGCCCUGCAGGAGGUCCUGUUACCGGUCUGCUGAUAUUGUGCGAGGAGGAACUCAUUGCUAUUGACCUGCUCACUCCUGGAUGGCCGCUCCUUGAAUUGCCCUAUCUCAAUUGCCUCCACGCCUCCUCACUUACUACCUAUGGUCUCUUCACCCAGGUGAAUCCCGCUUUCUUGGAAGGUCUGGAAGCUAUCGGUGGAGGGGCCGAUGCAGUGGGGCCCGUACCUCGUGCCACCGGGCUGUCGACUCGCACCUGGCCGAUUCAAGGAGGCGAAUUAGGAAGGAGGAAUGAAGUUUCUGAACCAGUGGUCCCUUCCGAUGACCUUCUCAUUACAGGUCACGAGAAUGGAACUUUGCAGUUUUGGCGUUUGGCUGCUGGCGGAUGUGCGCGGAAAAUAUUUUGCCUCUUCACUGGAUCCCUCUUUGAGGGCGACUUCGGACCCGAUGCGGUGGGGGACACCCACCGGGCCUGCGAGGAGGAGAGCGAGCCGUGGCCACCGUUUCGUCGUGUGGGUCUCUUUGAUCCCUUCAUGGACGACGUGCGCGCAGCAAUAAAAGUUAUUCAUUUGGUGGACAGCACACUCGUUGUCGGUGGGGCUGCUGGCCAGGUCUCUGUGUGGCAACUAGCACCGACAAAACCCACCAUGGCGACUCUCGAUGUCCCCGUAGCACCUGAAGUACCGGGUUUUCGGUGGAAAGGAUAUGCUCCGCUGACUUUGCGCCGAAAUCAACUUGACCAGCCCCAGCGUUUGGCUGGUGCCAGUCUAUUUCCCAUGGCAGUUGCCCUGUGUCAGCCACCUUCGCCUGUCACCUGCCUCUCUGCCUGCGAGUUGUCUGAUUUCUCCGCCAUGGAUAAGUCCUUACAGCCAUCACCUCAACCAUCACCCACAAUCGGUGUUCUGGUGGGCAUGGGAACGGCUCAUGGAUUCGCGUUGAUGCAUAUCAGUGCAUCAGAAGGAGGCUUUGCGUCUCACCUCCUCCUACACCACUCCACAAUACCCUCCAAUGCAGAGGCCUUAGAAGAGGCAGCUGUUGGCGAGGGGUGGGCUAGGCGUCGCACGAGGGAGCUGAAGAAUUCUUUAAGAGAUUCCUUUCGUCGUCUCAAACGUAUGAAGUCAGGGAGGUCAACAAUGACUGCUGCUCCUAUUGGACCAGUAGCUGUCACGGCUGGUUCCUCUACUUCUGCCCAACAGACGACCUCGGGCUCGACGGUAUCUCCCCCAGCAAACAGGUUGAAUCAUCCCCCUCGAGUGGGACUUCGGAAGAGUGUGUCACGGUCAGCCUCUGCCGCCAAUCAAGGUAUACAAAUACGUGGUGAUCCACUGCAAGAGGCGCUCUCACGAGUUCACUCGGAUAACGAAACGUUGACCUCACCUCCGCUUCCCACGGGCUGUGAGCGUGAGAUCUGUGACCGCCCUGCUGCCACCGCCAACACGGCGCUGGUGCGCUGUAUGGCCUUUGGACCGCCUCUACAUCAUCGGCUCCGACCCCCUGCUGCUGGGAUCACUGCAUCCACCUCCGCCACCAUCGAGACCUCUCAAUUGCUGGGCAGUUUUUUUGCUGCCACUGCUGGGGGCGCCACUUUCGUUUUUGCACUAUACACAGACAAUGUGCGACGGCCCUCUCAUUUAGCCUUGCGACAAGCUACACAGAUGCAACUGCAGCAUCGAGCACCUAUUGUGGCGCUCCGCUUGAUCGACACCAAAACACACUGCCCCUUGUUGACCUCCUCCGUCUACUUGCCCCAAUUCUCCAGUCCCUUGGUUCCAUCCCACCACCACCCACUACCGCCACAUUUGAUGGUGAUCAGCGAGGAACAAGUGCGCUUGUUUUCUCUCCCCUCCAUCUCCCUACGGCAGAAGGCACGUAUCACCGCGAAGGAUGGUUUUCGCAUCAAAACCGGCAACAUUAUGGCCUUUGGGCAGUUGUCUAAUGAACGUAACAUGGGCAUCUACGGGAUUGAAUUCAAUUGUGUCUUUACAAAUAACGGAGGUCAAGCGGUGGUGCUUUCAGUGCCAUACUUGCGUCGACGAGACACCAUCGCUCUGUUGGGAGGAGCCGAUGUGUUGGAAAUCAACUCCAUCGUCUUUGCCACUGCUGCCUCCACUCGACCCAAGGUCACAGCAGCGCCCAGUUUAGGCGUCUAUCAAACAGCGCCUGGACAGUUGGCCAUAUUCGAUAUGGUCUUGGCGGGCCAAAGAAGCUCAGCCCUUGGGACUGCCUAUCGAACGGUAGGUCUGACAAAAGUGGCCAAACACAGCACCCCCAGUCCCUCUCCCCGUCUUCAGCAGCGAUUGGUCAAACCUAGCACCAGCACAGACACUGCUAACGUCAUUACAGGCUCUGUACCAAUUUCGGAAAAUACAAGACCAAGUGUGAACGGAUUUUGA